UUUAAAAGCAAUCUGACUUUUUUCCUUCCCAAACCUACAAUGGCACUUUUAUCUCAUUCAAUAAUAGCGUAAAAAUUUUAAUUUUUGUUAAAAAACAUUUGUUUUUUCCAACUCCAAAUUCUAAAACCAUGAUUAAGGCCAAGUUCUGGGACAUCGGAUUUUUUGUGCUGCUGACAUGGAUGCAUGUGUGCUCAGUUCUUCAACCUGUGAUCGAGGCCCAUGCCAAUUUCAAAUCGGUUUACCCUUCAGUGGAUCGUAAUCUAAUGCUCCAAUUAAGCUACACCUAUAAUCCCUGGAUUCUGGUCAAGGCGAUGAUGUAUUCGCUGCUGGCAUCGGAGGAAAAAAGGGACAUCCCAAAGGCUCCUGAACCCAAAACAGCCAAUGAGGUGAAAAAGGUGUGGCUCAGUCGAAAUACUCAGAGUUCCGAAACUGAAUUGGGACCAUUUCCGGUGAAGAACUUCCUUCUGUUCGCAAUGCCCUGGUUAUUGACUUUCGUGGCCAGCGGAUUGAUUAACUAUCUUCGCUUCUAUAUGGUGAUUCAGCAUUUCUGCAUUUCCAACUGGAGGGCCAUUCAGCUAUACGGAGAAUUGCAGGUGCUCUUUUUGCAUCGAUUUUUGGCAGUGGCCUGGUUACAAAUAACAGGAGGAGGAGGAGCAUCUAGCCUGCCGAGGAAUUUUAUAAAUUUCGAAACCCAUCUGUUGGACUGAGCAUGACACUUUGGCUUACAUUUUGUAUAGUUGGAAAAAUAAAUAAUAGAAUUUA